AUGACCGUCCACUACCUGAGCGGCAAAGACUCGGAUCUUUUCAAACCACUGACGAUCUCCAAUGGAAACAUCACCCUCGAACAUCGUGUCGUCCAUGCGCCUCUGACCCGCAACCGCGGAGAGCCAUUGAAUCCCACCAACACCCCGGACCACCCCAAUCGUAUUUGGAUACCCGGCGAUGCAAUUGUGGAGUAUUAUUCCCAGCGCGCUACCAAAGGUGGUCUGAUAAUCUCGGAAGGGAUCCCCCCAUCGCUCGAGAGCAAUGGGAUGCCCGGUGUACCCGGCCUUUUCAACUCCGAACAAGCCGCGGGCUGGAAGCGAGUCGUGGAUGCCGUUCAUGCGAAGGGGGGCAUUAUCUUUUGCCAGCUGUGGCACGCCGGCCGGGCCACGAUCCCUCAGAUGACUGGGUCGCCCGCAGUCUGCCCGUCGGCCUCUGUGUGGGAUUCGCCGACGGAAUGUUAUUCGCAUCCGCCCGUCGGCUCCACCCAGCCCGUGCCCUACGCCAAUCACCCGCCCAUCGCAAUGACUGUGGAACACAUCAAACAGACUAUCGAAGAUUAUUGCCUUGCCGCUAAGACUGCUAUGGAUAUUGGCUUCGAUGGCGUCGAGAUCCACGGCGGAAAUGGUUAUCUUCCGGAGCAGUUCUUGAGCUCGAACAUCAACAAGCGCGGGGAUGCUUACGGCGGUACCCCGGAGAAGCGCUGUCAGUUUGUGUUUGAGUUGAUGGAGCAGGUGGCCAAGACCAUUGGCGAGCAGAAUCUGGCUAUUAGACUGUCGCCGUUUGGAAUGUUCAAUCAAGCACGCGGAGAACAGCGUGUUGAGACUUGGACUCACCUAUGCGAGGGUCUGAAGAAGACCCUCCCGUCGCUGUCGUAUGUCAGCUUUAUUGAGCCGCGUUUUGAACAAAUCUUCGGGGCCGAAGAGAAGGAUAAGUUCCUCAAAAGCUGGGGCCUGCUGGGCGUGACCCUGGAUCGUUUCCGCCAGAUCUUUGGCUCCACUCCGUUCUUCUCCGCCGGUGGAUGGGAUGAUCAAAACUCCUGGGGAGUAGUGGAAUCGGGUAAAUACGAUGCGUUGUUGUAUGGUCGAUACUUUACCAGCAACCCAGAUCUGGUGUACAGACUGAAGGAAAAGCUCCCCAUGGCUCCAUAUGACCGAACUCGGUUCUAUGGACCAUUUGAGGACAAUACCUUCCAUUACACGGAUUACCCUACUGUGGAUCAACAUUAA